AUGUGGAAACCAAGGCUAACAUUCGAUGAGAAUGCUGAAAGGAUCUGCACAGGAGAAGAGAAGGUGGAGAUUCUUUCUCAAACUGUGUUUGAAACCACCCUUACAGUAUCUACAAGGCUGUCUAUGCUUGUGACACAUGCUCUGAGGACCAUGCGCUCCUCCAAACUCAGAGAAGAUCAAAUAAUUGAUGAAAAGAAAGGGAAACUCUUCCUUCAAUCACAGUGGCAGCUCCACCAUUUUUUUCAGAAAGUUUCCUUUAACAACAACAACAGUGCCAGGGAAGAGAUUUCCUUUGGCCCCAGUGGAGAAUUAGUAACUGAAUUUGAUAUUUUCAGUUGGGUCACAUUCCCAAACAAAUCCUUUCUGAGAGUCCAGGUUGGGAAAAUCGACCCCAUGGCUGCCCCAGACAAGUUCCCCACCCUUUCUGUCGCCAUGAGGCAGGUGUUGGGGCAUGGAUGGCCUGGCUUCAGGGGUCCUGAAGUAAGGAGGUACCUCAUUCAUAAUUACCAACAUACUUUGGCUCUGGCAUUUGCUGUUAAUGAGAUCAAUGAACAUGCUGGAAUCUUACCCAACAUUACCCUUGGUUUCCACAUUGCUACUGACAAUCAUGAGGAAACUACCACUUAUCAAUUAGCAAUGGAAUUUCUAUCUACAAAAGAUAAAUUUAUCCCCAACUACAAAUGUAAUGAUCAGACCCACACGGUAGCUGUCAUUGGAGGACCCCGUUCUAGGACCUGUCUGAACAUGGCAACCAGUCUGUGCAACUACAAAUUUCCGCAGGUGCACCAGUUUAAUGGAAUACUACAAUUGCUGUUGCAUUUUGGAUGGACCUGGGUUGGGAAAGUUUGUUUAGUUGAGGAAGAAAAAGAGAGAUUCAUUCAAAAUAGCCUUUCCAUGUUUACAGAGAGAGGAAUCUGCUUUGACUUUAUAGACAGUAUCCCACAAAUAACCUAUGGUAAUUUAGCUGCUGAAAUGGUGGAGGAGGGAGAUAAAUUAUACAAAGUCAUCAUGAGGAGUACAGUCAUUGCAGUGAUCUUGAAUGCUGAAAUUACAGGCCUGAUGUCUUUGAGAAUAAUGAUCUAUUUAUUAGAUUCUGAGGAUAUUCCCAAGGAGAAAAAAGCCAAAGUCUGGAUCAUGACAGCCCAGAUGGAAUUCACCUCCAUUCUAAUGCAAAGACCGUUGCCCAUCAUUUUUCUCCAUGGUGCUCUUUCCUUUGCAAUUCACUCAAAGGAACUGACAGGGUUCAAAGAAUUUAUACAGAAGAGAAAUCCAAACUUAGAAAAUGAAGAUGGCUUUAUUAGAGACUUUUGGAAAGAUGCAUUUGAAUGUUCCUUUUCCACUGCUAUUACAGAUGGGAACGCUGACAGGACCUGCACUGGGGAAGAGAAGCUGGAAUCUCUUUCUCAAUCUAUAUUUGAAGUGAGCACAACUGGCCACAGCUACAGCAUCUACAAUGCAGUCUAUGUUAUGGCACAUGCUCUGAGGCAAUUAUAUUCCUCCCAGUUCAAAUAUGGGGAAAGAAUUAAUGAGAGGAGAUGGAAGUUUUUUCUUCAGUCACCAUGGCAGACAUUGCCUCUUUCCAUCUGUAACAAGAAAUGUCCUCUUGGCCAUAGCAAGAUAAAAGUGGAAGGGAAAUUAUCCUGCUGCUAUGACUGCACACGGUGUCCGGAAGGGAAGAUAGCUGACCAAAGGGACUUGGAUGACUGUUUUUCAUGUCCAGAAAAUCAAUAUCCGAACAAAGAACAGGAUAGUUGCUUUCCUAAAAGGAUAACUUACUUGUCUUAUCAAGAUCCUUUGGGUGGUUCUUUGGCAAUAAUUGCAGUCUUCUUUUCUGUCAUGUCAAUUUUGGUACUGGGGAUCUUUAUUAAAAACCAGGAUACUCCCAUAGUCAAAGCCAACAACAGAAACCUCACCUAUAUUCUUCUCAUUGCUCUCUUGCUCUCCUUCCUUUGCACUCUGCUCUUCAUUGGGCAACCUGACCAAGUGAAAUGUCUCAUGCGACAAACUGCAUUUGGCAUCAUAUUCUCUGUUGCUCUUUCUUGUAUACUGGGGAAAACAACCAUUGUUGUUCUUGCUUUCAUGGCCACCAAGCCGGGUUCCAAAAUCAGGAAAUGGGUGGGGAAAGGGCUGGCUAUCUCUAUUGUCCUAUCUUGCUCCCUCAUGCAAUUCUGCAUUUGCGUGAUGUGGCUCGAAAUUUCUCCUCCAUUCCCAGAUUCUGACCUGCACUCCAUGGCUGAAGAAAUUGUCCUGCAAUGUAAUGAAGGUUCAACCGCUAUGUUUUAUACUCUGCUUGGCUUUAUGGGGUUCUUGACUGCAGUCAGCUUUACAGUGGCCUUCUUAGCUAGGAAUUUACCAGACAGCUUUAAUGAAGCCAAAUUUAUCACCUUCAGCAUGUUGGUCUUUUGCAGUGUUUGGGUGUCAUUUGUUCCAACUUAUCUGAGCACCAAAGGAAAAUACAUGGUGGCUGUGGAGAUCUUCUCCAUUUUGGCUUCAGCAGCUGGAUUACUGGGUUGCAUCUUUUCCCCCAAAUGCUAUAUCAUUAUUCUGAGACCUGAUUUAAAUAAGAAGGGGCAACUAAUAAAGAAAUAA